AUGGCUAGUACGAAUCUUGAAAAUAAUUUAAGGAUAGGACAUAUCAAUGUACGAUCACUGAUACCAAGUUUGAACGAAAUUAAUUCUUCGAUAUAUAAUUUGAAGUUGGACAUAUUAGGAGUAACUGAAUCAUGGUUAACUGAACAAGUUAGUGAACAGGAAGUCAAAAUAAACAAUUUUAAGUUUUAUCGCGUUGAUCGUGGGUCUCGAGGAGGUGGAAUAGGGGUUUAUGUUCGAUCUGAUAUUACAGUAGUUGAGAUAGAUGUAACUAAGGACCAGAGGGAAAUUUUUGAGCAGCAAUGGCUUAUUCUCAAAAUUGGCAAAAUAAAAUUGGGGUUGGGCAUCAUUUACCGUCCUCCUCGUUUUAAUGUGAUGACUGCUUUACGCCAACUGGAAGAAUCAAUAGCUAAUUUAAUUCCAGUGACAGAUGAAUUGAUUAUAAUGGGGGAUAUUAAUAUUAAUCUAUUAAGACAUACUAAUAUAACCAAUCAGUUUAAUAAUUUGCUUGAUACUUUCAACUUCAAGCAAGUUGUAAUUAACCCAGCUAGGUACUCUCGAGACACAGCCAGUUUGAUUGAUGUCAUCAUCAUGUCCGAUGAUCAUCUCUUAAGUGGCAGUGCCCAUCAUCAGGACUUGCAUCAGCAUUCCGAUCAUCAGCUCAUACACUGUUCAAUAAAUAUUAAGAUAUCUGCCGUUAGGCCUAUAGUUAUUAAAUAUCGUAACUUUAUACACUUUGACAUUUAUAGCUUCAAACAAGAUCUUAUAAACUUCCCUUGGUGGCAGGUUGUAGACUGUGAUAAUGUUAACCAGAAGACUGCAAUUCUCUCAGAUAUGAUAUUAACUCUUUUUGAUUCUCAUGCGCCAAUAUGUGAGAAAAAAGUUACCAGUCCACCUUCCCCGUGGUUUACUGAUGCGUUGCGUGCAAUGAAGAAUAUAAUAUAA